UGAACAAUUUGACACGACAUUUGUAUCCACUCGUAUCACUGGAAUAUACUCCACUGGUUCCGUGGAGGAGUAGUUGGAACACUAAACAUCGUCGACUGCGUAUCGAUGCAAGACGCGUAACGAGUAAAAGGCAGUUUAUAGAACUUACGCCCGGCAUGAGGAUCACUGCCGAAAAUUCACCUACUUAUAUUUAUGUGGAUAUUUUUUGACCUGAAGAUCAAUUAGCAUCAUGGAGAAUCACUCUGUUCAUAUAAACAAUAUGCAAUGUCCUCGAGAAAGUGAAGAAUCACCUAAAGGAUUUGUUCCGCCUACAAAAACCUAUGUUGAAAAAAAAAAACGUGAAGACGAAAUAAUUUUGGCCAGUGAUUCUAAAGGUGGAUUAUUUAAUCCUAGAGCUAUGUUAUUUUUGACUCUUUGGUACGUCUUCAGCGGAUGUACAUUAUUUUUGAAUAAAUAUAUACUAUCGUACAUGGAAGGUGAUCCAACUAUUUUAGGUGCCUGCCAAAUGCUGAUGACGGCUACUUGCGGAUUCAUUCAAAUGUAUUUUCCGUGUGGAAUGUAUCGAGCAAGUCCUCGGUUAACUAGACCACCUGGUUUUUAUAAACAUAUGAUAUUAGUCGGUUGCACUAGAUUUAUAACAGUCAUAUUGGGAUUGGUGGCACUCAAUUAUGUGGCUGUUAGUUUCACCGAAACAAUUAAAAGCAGUGCACCACUUUUUACCGUUUUUAUUAGCAGAUACUUAUUAGGUGAACAGACUGGUCUAUAUGUAAAUUUGUCAUUGAUCCCUGUAAUGGGAGGAUUAGCUCUCUGCUCUGCGAAUGAAAUAAGUUUUGAUUUAAGGGGGUUUAUUGCUGCCAUGGCUACAAAUCUAACUGAAUGUUUACAAAAUGUAUAUUCAAAAAUGCUCAUUAGCGGAGAUGACUUCAAAUACACUCCUGCGGAACUACAAUUUUACACAAGUUUAGCAUCAGUAGUUGUUCAAAUUCCUGUAUCAAUAAUGCUGGUAGAUUUACCAGCCUUACACCACUCUUUAAGUCUCAGAUUAUUCUCCGCAUUUUUACUCAAUGGAGUGUUCUUCCAUUUCCAAAGUAUUACUGCCUACGUGCUCAUGGACUAUAUCAGUCCCGUUACACACAGCGUUGCCAAUACCGCUAAGAGAGCUUUCCUCAUCUGGCUUUCGGUAUUGCUUUUCAACAAUCCAGUUACUGGUUUAUCGGCUCUGGGAACCUCAUUAGUAAUUGCCGGUGUCCUUUUAUACAAUCGCGCACAACAAUACGAUAAAAGGCAGCUAGCAAUUGCAAAGCGGGGAUCAAAAGUUAGUCUACAAUGAUAAAGAGUGGUAUUUGUCUUAGAAAGAAUGAUAAUUUAUUAACUUUAUUCUAUGAAUGGUAUAAAGAUGCGUCGAAAGUUUGGAUGUUCUGACAAACUUGGAAUAGUUUUUAUAAAAAAUUAUAACUGCGCAUCAUAUUAAAUGUAUUAAAUUGAGAAAAAAGUUUAUUUUCAAAGUACUUACAUCGAAAAAAGAGUCUACUUAUUAUUAUUAAAAAAAAUUCAGCUCAAGACUGUUGAUUAUUAAGAACAUUGAUAGAUUUCAUCUAACAAAAACCAUUUACGUUAAAACAAAAAAAAAUGUAGAAUACUGAUUGCUGUAAGCCUAUAUCGGGAGAUAAUUUAUUAAAAUAUUUAUUUUUUAAAAAAGUUCACCUGAGAAUUUUAUAGGGUAAAAUCAACUCGACAACUAAUCAUCAUCACGGACAUUUAUGUGACAUUAUAAACGUUGUAAUAUAAAUGGAAAAAAAUCGUCAAAUCUACUUAAGUAAACGACAGGAUAAACUUAAUAAUUUCUUGGUGAUAGAUUGUACUCUAUUCUACAUGCUAACAUUCCUGUAUCCAGAGUAGCAAUUUCCGGUAUUAUAGUUUUAAGUGAUUUGAGUGAAGAGCUAAUCAAUAACUUCAAAUUUUAUUUGAUAACCUUUUACAUAAUGUUAAGAACUGUCGCGAGUAUUUCCGCUCUCAUUGAAAUUCCAUGAUCAUGUAUCGUUCAACGAAUUCCAGCACUUGUGGUAGCUCAUGGCGCACCAAGUGUAUUGAGAUACGCAGAGCACAGAAACUUUUUAUAAUUCAACUGUCAUAGUCUUCUACACGAAUUAUACCUUUUGUAAAUAUGACCUAGAUUUGAAAAUAAAAAAAAUUACCUCAAA